AGGUAAGCAAUAAACAGUUGUGUAUAUUAGAUAUUGAUAAUUCCAAGACCAUCUUGUUUUCUUUAUUCAUGGCAUGGGACAACAAUAUGAAAAGUAUGGAAAUAUGAAGCAUCAUGUGUCUACCAUACAAAAGAAUACCCUUGACAUCCUAUCAUCCUAUUAUCCUCAAUACGAAAAGCAUAUACGAGUGAAAUAUAUCCCAAUAGAAUGGCAUAGCUUUAUUCAUGACAUGAUUGACUCUAAAAUGAAUAAAUCUACCUUGACGACGGUUCCCAAGGUGCGAUUAGCAGCCAAUCACUGGUUGAUGGAUUGUCUCUACUAUUUUACAAAACCAUACGGCCAACAUAUUAUCAACCAUGUCGCCAAGACAUGCUCUAAAGCUUACGAGGAUUAUGUGUUGAGUCAUCCAGGAUUUAAUGGACAUGUACAUUUUAUCGGAUUCUCUCUGGGUGGUAUUAUUGCCUAUGAUAUUGCUUCGAUGCAAUGGUCAGAACAUGAAGAUGGAUUACCUCCUUGGGCAAAAGGUGAUGUUAGUAAUACACCUGACAUCACAGUACCUCCACUUGGUUUUAAAAUAAAAAGUAUUUUUACUUGUGGUAGUCCAAUAGCUGCAGGGCUGAUCUGUCGUGGACUGAGUUAUCUGCAGUUUCGUCCACCACCACGUACAAGGAUACACAACAUAUUUCAUCCUUUCGAUCCACUGGGUUAUCGUCUAGAGCCGAUGAUACACCCCAAUUAUGAUACAGUCGAGCCUGUCUUGAUCGAUAGGACCAAGAGGUUACCGAGAAUACCCAAUUUAGGCAUCAAAUCGUCUAUUGCAACCGCCAAGCCUUAUAUACAAUCCUUUUGGCAAUCUUUCUUUACAGUAAAAACGGAAAGUGUUGUGACAUACAGUGACUACUCACUAAAAAGAAAAGAGGAACUGGAUGAUGACGGUGUGAGAAAAAAGAGACGAAAGAUUAUGCAUCAAGAUAAUAAUUUGAUGAUACCAAAGGAUGGUAUCUUGGGAACAGAUGGAAACAUGUAUCCAAGGCUAGAUUAUGUACUCUCUGAAAAUAUGAUUGAUGCUUAUGCAUCUGAAUGGAUUGUUGCAUUAAAGAGUCAUUUUAGAUAUUGGGCAAACAGAGAUGUGUCGCAUCAUAUUGUAAAGACAUUGCUAGAUUAUCAAUAAAAAUUUGUUUAUGCAAUAAAGAGUAACAGGUUGUUUGCAUAACCAAGA